AUGUCAGUCCUUGACGAAUGCCAGUCCCUGAUAAGCUUAACCCCUGACAGACGCCACGGGCGCCAGGCCCCGGCAAUUAUUUCCCUGUAUCACUGGGGCCCACGUCCCGCACCGGAGACCGGCGGGGGAGACGCCUGCGCGACCCCGGGGACAGCAGCAGCGACACCGCCGCGCUCACCUCACACCGCCGCCAUCUUAGCGCGCUGCCAUCCCCUCCUGCCGCAUUUCGCGCCGCGUUCUGAUUGGACAACGGGAGCGCCAAUCUCCCGCCCCUCGCUCUGUGAUUGGCCACAAUCCCUGUUAGCCUUCCCUGAUCGCUACCGCUCCUACGGCAUCUUUCACCGGAGGAUCCCGGCAUGCUUAGCUGAGUCGAAAAAGAGUUUUCCCUUCCUCGCAGGUACCGCACCAUCGCCCUGCCAUGCUCUCCUGCCGCCUGCGCACUCAGGCAGCCUCGACCAGAUUGCCGCUCCCAGCUCUGGAUGGUUCCCUUCUCGCUUGUGCAAAGCCAGCUGGGCCAGUUCAACCCGCCCUCGCCGGCAGGUUAAACAAACCCGAGCAAAGCGUUACACUUCCGCCGUCGCGGCGAGGCAGACAUUGACGUCCUUGGCUGGAAGAGGACGCCCGUCUCUGCUGCUUCGCUUCAGCACGCGUGCAGCUCUUGCAUCCCGAAAGGCUCUGGCGCCAACGGAUCCAGGCUCGCGAAUUCGCCCAGCGCAGGCGUCUGCCCGUGGAGCUGCCGUUCGAGACCCCCCGAGCGAUGCAGCAGCGUCAGGAUCCUCCAUCCUGGUGAUGCUGGGAACACCCUGCUUGAGCUGCACUGAAACACGCUCCUUCACCAUGUCCUCUGAACACCCAUGGCACUCUGGUAUCUUCUCCAGCCAAGCAGUGUGAGGAAAGCUUCCAAGCGCCAAUUAGCAGUCCAAUGGUGGUGCAGAAGAUAUUUUGAUCCAUGAAUAUUCUGAAAGAGAAUAAAUAUGAGGAAAAUUAGUGCAAAUGGGAAGUGAGCAAUCUUCUUGUAAACCAUGAUAAAUGAUUAACAUUCCCAACUGUGUUUUUUUUACCCACCCUCCCUACUUGUAAAAGGCAUUUGAAUAAAAAUAAGACCUUC